CAGAUCGUGAGAUUGCAAGUUUCAAUCAUGUUGCCGGCCAUGGUGGAGCCCUUUGUUGGGGGCGACAGCGGCGCCGAGGAGACAGGAGGGCCAAAGGAGAGCCUGGUGGUGACCGAGGUGAAGAAGCAGCUGUACCUCGCCGGGCCUCUCAUCGCCGGAUGCCUGCUGCAGAACGUCGUGCAGAUGAUCUCGGUCAUGUACGUCGGCCAUCUCGGCGAGCUCGCCCUCUCCAGCGCCUCCAUCGCCACAUCCUUCGCGAAUGUCACCGGCUUCAGCUUGAUGUCUGGCAUGGCGAGCAGCUUGGACACGCUGUGUGGGCAAGCCUUCGGGGCAAAACGGCCCCAUCUGCUCGGCAUCUACAAGCAGAGGGCGAUCCUUGUGCUCACUCUGGUGAGCGUCGUGGUUGCGGUGCUCUGGGCGUUCACCGGGCAGAUCCUCCUGCUCUUGGGCCAGGACCCGGAGAUCGCCAUGGGGGCAGGGAGCUACAUCCGGUGGAUGAUCCCGUCGCUCUUCGCUUACGCGCUGCUGCAGUGCCACGUCCGGUUCCUCCAGACGCAGAACAUCGUCCUCCCGGCAAUGGCGAGCUCGGGCGUCACGGCGCUCGGCCACGUUCUCGUGUGCUGGUUGCUGGUCUACAAGAUUGGGCUGGGCAACAAGGGCGCUGCCCUGGCCAACGGCAUCUCGUACCUGACCAAUGUAUCGAUCUUGGCUCUCUACAUCAGGGUCUCUCCAUCCUGCAAGAGCACCUGGACAGGGCUCUCAAAGGAGGCGUUCCGCGACAUCGUCAGCUUCAUGAAGCUUGCCGUGCCAUCCGCGCUCAUGGUUUGCUUAGAGUGGUGGUCGUUUGAGCUGCUGGUACUUCUCUCCGGGCUUCUCGCAAAUCCUAAGCUCGAGGCAUCGGUGUUGUCCAUUUGCUUAAACACAACUGCAUUAACAUUCAUGAUCCCCUUCGGGCUUGGGGCAGCCAUAAGCACGCGUGUUUCAAACGAGCUUGGUGCUGGGCGGCCUGAAGCUGCCCGUCUGGCUACCCGUGUGACCAUGGUUCUGGGUCUCGUGUCGGGUGUGUCGUUAGGACUUAUUAUGCUCUCGGUGCGCAAUCUGUGGGGGUAUGCGUACAGCAACGAGAAGGAGGUGGUGGAAUACAUUGCGAGAAUGAUGCCGCUUCUUUCCGUGUCGAUCAUUUUCGACGAUCUGCAAUGUGUCCUUUCAGGUAUUGUUAGGGGCUGUGGCUUGCAAAGGAUUGGUGCUUGUGUCAAUCUCAGCGCAUACUACCUUGUCGGCAUUCCAGCGGCGCUAUGCUUUGCCUUCGUCUUCCACCUUGACGGAAUGGGGCUGUGGUUCGGAAUAAUCUGCGGGCUAGUCGUGCAGAUGCUAUUGCUGCUGGCCAUUACCAUGCGCACCAACUGGGAUAAAGAGGCUCUCAAGGCGAAGGACAGGGUUUUUAGUUCGUCCCUACCUGUAGACAUGACGACAUGAACAUGGAACAAGAUGCACAAUUGCUCUGGCUGGGCAGAGGAGAUAAGGAACUCGUGAGGAAUUAAUUGGUCUCCAUGUCACCGGCAUGGCGCUUCCUCUAAAGGAAACGUCACCCAACGAAAUGAUCUGUUUUCGUGAUUUUUUGUCGAAGACGUGAAAGAUAGAUCGGAUGUUUCAGUUGAUACGGUACAAGGGAAUAAAUCAAUGAAGUAAGAAAUUUGGUGUUUACUAGAAAAUCAAAUCCACAGCAUGGAUGCAACUUUUUCCUUU